CGUUCCAGCCAAUCGGGUUGUGCGCCAACACAUGGCCAUUUCCCAAAUAAGUGAUGAACCCCGUUCAUAUAAAUGACGUGACGCAGGUACUUCUGAAUGCACAGCUGUUAAAGUGGACGGUCGGCGCUUAUCAGCAAGAGGACUAUCGAGGAAUCAUGCCUUCAGUUCCAUCCAACAAGGAGAGCGACAGUCCUGCCUGCCCUUUUGCUGGCAAGAAGACCACUGGUGUUGGGGAGUUGGUUUCAGAUAAUGUAGAAAGACCCCUGCAGCUGAAUAGAGAAACUGGGGCCACUGACCCAAAAUGGAUUCGCCCUGACCUGCCAAGCAGAUGUACCUGGAAACCAGGAAUGUCUCUUGAAAAUUCCCCUCACAAACACUUCCCCAGGACAAAAGCUGAGAAGAUUUUGCCCAACAUCCUGGACAGGAUUGGAGACACACCACUGGUCCGCAUAAACAAGAUCUCUAAGACUUUUGGACUAAAGUGUGAACUUUUGGCCAAGUGUGAGUUCUUUAACGCUGGUGGUAGCGUGAAGGACCGUAUCAGUCUGCGUAUGGUGGAGGACGCAGAAAGAGAAGGCAUCCUCAAACCUGGAGACACCAUUAUAGAGCCCACCUCUGGAAAUACAGGUAUUGGUCUUGCAUUGGCAGCAGCUGUGAAGGGUUAUCGCUGCAUAAUUGUUAUGCCUGAGAAAAUGAGCAUGGAAAAGGUUGAUGUCUUGAGAGCUUUGGGUGCUGAGAUUGUCCGAACUCCCACCAGUGCAAGGUUUGACUCCCCUGAGUCCCAUGUGGGUGUGGCUUGGCGCUUGAAGAAUGAGGUUCCUAACUCGCACAUCCUGGACCAGUACCGCAAUCCCAGCAACCCCCUGGCUCAUUAUGACACCACUGCUGAGGAGAUUCUGGAGCAGUGUGAUGGUAAAGUGGAUAUGCUGGUGGCAGGAGCCGGCACAGGUGGCACUAUUACUGGCGUUGCUCGCAAACUGAAGGAAAAAUGCCCAAAUAUUAAGAUUGUUGCGGUGGACCCAGAGGGCUCGAUCCUCGCUGAGCCUGAUGUGCUGAACCGGACGGAUAAAACCCAGUAUGAGGUGGAGGGCAUCGGAUAUGACUUUAUACCCACCGUCCUGGAUAGAUCUUUGGUUGACAAAUGGUACAAAUCCAACGAUGAGGAAUCAUUUGCCAUUGCCCGAAUGCUUAUAAGAGAUGAAGGGCUCUUGUGUGGUGGGAGCUCAGGCACUGCCGUAGCGGCUGCAGUAAAGUUUGCUAAAGAGCUGAAGGAGGGACAGCGCUGUGUUGUGAUUCUGCCAGACUCCAUUCGCAACUACAUGUCCAAGUUCUUGAGUGAUAAGUGGAUGUUCCAGAAGGGCUUUCUGAGGGUGGAAGACAUCAUGGUGAAUAAACCCUGGUGGUGGAAUCUGAAACUACAGAAUCUAAACCUUUGUGCUCCACUAACUGUGCUGCCCACAGUCACAUGCCAAAAAACCAUCAAAAUCUUGAAAGAAAAGUGCUUUGACCAGGCACCUGUUGUAGAUGAAGCUGGGCUGAUUCUGGGAAUGGUGACCCUGGGAAACAUGCUUGCCUCUGUGCUUGCAGGAAAGGUCAAGCCCUCUGACCCUGUCAGCAAAGUGCUCUAUAAACAGUUCAAGCAGAUUCGUCUGACUGACAAUCUGGGAAAGCUGUCUCGGAUCUUGGAAACAGAUCAUUUUGCCCUGGUGGUCCAUGAGCAGAUACAGUAUCUGACAGAUGGAUCUUCCACUCAAAAGCAAAUGGUGUUUGGAGUGGUGACUGCCAUCGAUCUCCUCAACUUUGUGACAGCUCGAGAGAAAAGAGAGAGAACUAUGUCGGAAUCAGCAGAUGAAUACUGAAGGCACUAGAGCACUUCUUGUCCUAAUCUUGAAUGUGAUGCACUACAAAGAAUCAUAAUGUUAGAGCAAUAGAUAUCAUCAUAGUUAUUACACCUAAAUUUUGGCAGUAGGGUUGGGUGGCAUUACUUUUUAAUGUUAUAUUUCUUGCUUAUCUGUUUUAUAGCCAAUAAUCAUGUACUGUAAACAUACAAAUGUUGUUAACAAAUUUUAACAAAUUAUGUUUAAGGGCAAAACAGGCUCUAAAAUUAUAUUUUUACAAAUAAUUUACAUCACUGGAUAUAAAUACUAGUAACUGGCCAUGGAUAGCCAAGAUUUUACAUUGUGUUAUUCCAAAACUAUUUGUUUUAGUCAAUGUUACAAUGAUUGUGGUUUGAUUUCUUGCAUAUUUUUGACAAACAGUACUGACAAAAAAGUCAGUGUGUAUUCUAUGCUAAAGCUAAAUCUGUCACAAAAAAAAAGAAAAAGAGGUUGUAUUUGGUAUUUUUAUGGUUGUUUAAUAAUGUGAGAAAUAUUUGACAAUUUGUCUCAGUAAAUAUAUUUCUAAAGGUCACCAGCAACCCAAGUAAUACAUACAUACAAAGAAAAUGAAAAAAAAUAAGUUUAGAAAAUAAGUAAUGUGUAAUAAAAUGGAAUGACAGGGAAAAAUAUUGAACACAUGAAGAAAUGAUGGGAGAUGCAAAUAGGUAUAGAAUGACAAGACACCAGCUGAAAUCUAUCAGUAAUUAGAAACCAAUCCUGCCCAUAGUCAGUGGAAAUUAAUAUUAUCUGGUUCCAUCCCAACACCUACAGUACCAGGAUGAUGAAGAUGAAACAAGGGCGUACAUUUAAGUGAGACAAAGGAUCCAAAACACAACCAAGGAUAUUCAAUUGGUUUCCGAAAAAGAAAAUCACUUGACUUGAAUCCAAUAAAAAAUAAGAGCUAAAGAUCAGAGUUCAUAGAAGAGGCACAGAACCUUCUAGAUUUUAAUAGAAUGUGGAAGAUUUGGCCAAAAUGACACCUUAGCAAAGCAUGCAACAUUUUCUCCAUACAGGAGGUGUCUUAAAGCUGUCAUUACCAACAAAGGCUUUUGUACAAAGUAUUAAAUACAGUGGUUUCAGUGGUUCAAUACUUUUCCCUUGUCAUUCCAUUUUAUUACACAUAACUUAAUUUCUGAAAUUAUUUGUAUUGUUUUAUUUGUAUGUGUGGAUUACUUAGACUGUUACCGAAAUCUGGUGAAAAUGUCAUGUCAAAAGCACCUUUAGAAAUAUAUUUACUGGGAAAAAUUGUGACAUGUUCAAUACUUAUUUUACCUGCUGUAUGUCACCACAUGUAAUUCUGCAGGAACAUAUUGUAGGCUAUUUAAUUCCGAUACAACUGCCUGGAAGUUUAAAGUGUAUUGCUUAAAGACCUUGAUUAGCUGGUUCAGGUGUGUUUUCAUUGGGGAAACAACUUAACUUUGCUUGAAAGAGUCCCUAAAGAAACAGGUUAUGUCAUUAACAUUUAUAACCUUUAAUUUUAAUAACUUUUGUCUCUUUUAUCAGUUAGGGCAAAGUUAAUCAUUGUUUUGAUGCAGAAUCAACCCCAGUGAAGGCAAGUGUUAAUCCAAAUUUUUCAGGGUAAAGUACAUUUUGGUGUAAUACUUCAUAAAAAUUUAGUUUACCAGGAUGAUUGUUGAAUGUUGUUUCUAAAUUUGCUUUCAUUACUGUAGCCUUCAUAUUGUAUAAAAAAGUUGGUACAGUGUAUAUUACAAAGAAUAAAGACUUUAUAUAAAAUAUAAUUUCUUACCUUA